AGUAAUCGCAGUCCUCCAACUUUUGAAACUGGCUGGAUAGUGUGCGUCCGGAUACCAUGGGCAGCGGAUCUGAGCUCCCACUACGGAUCUGCAUGGUCUGGCUGGUCGCGGGACUGGCGACCGGCGAGGUACUUCGUUGCUUCGAGUGCCUCGACGAGGAGACGUCGUGUGGCUCUGGUUAUAAUUCCCCGGGAAGAGUGCGACAAUGUCCGAACUCAACCAUGUGCUCAACCACUCUGAUGACGACAAUGGUGAAUGGAAACGUGUGGAUCAGGGGGAGGAGAGGCUGUGCCAAUCAGGUUGAUGUGUACUUGGACUAUGUUGGAAAGCAUUGGGAGCCGAAGUAUAAACUGAUAGACUUGCAGGAGGGCUGCAAGAAGGAGAACGGAAUAAUAAGUUGCAACUGCUAUGGACAACUGUGCAAUUCAGGAAAUCAUUCGCCAGCAAGUUUCCGGUUGCCGUUAGUGCUGAUCUUUUUGGCCCUGGCCUAUGGCAAAAUCCUUCUUCCCGUCUAGUCGGCGACACUUUUUGGGGUGUGUUCUCGGGCAUACGAAUACAAACUACCAGUUGCCGGAACUCUCUAGGCCACAAAUAUAAUUUUAAGCAGAUUAAUGAUUUAUGUGCGACAGUUUUCAAAGGUGAAACCUUGUCAAUAAAGUCACUGAUACCAAAUAAACCCAAU